UCACUCCACAUCCAGGCCACCCCGGGGCGGAGCUGCACUGUACGAGCUCGUCAUUUUGGACACUGUUGGAUUCUCGCUUUUCUGCUGUCGUCUUAUCUCGACGCGGAGGUUUAUCUUGUGAUUUAUUUGUUUGAAGACGAGAAGAGUUCGCAUCGUUGAGAUUGUUCGCCAUGGGAGCAGAGAGUUCAGUGCAGCGGGACGGGAAGAGCCAGGAGGAUGCCUCAGCUUCAGCCUCCGCCGGGGAGCUGAGCGCGGAGGUGAACGUGAUCCAGGAGGCGAGCAGCGUCCUCGACAGCAAGCCUUUGGCGAAAAAUGGACAGAUCUCCAGCAUGAGCAGCCUGAACGGACACUCAGAGGACAACACACUGGCAGAAGUUGGCCAGCCAGAUGGUGUGUCUGUGGCUCAGAAAGAAGAGGCUCCUGAGACUAUGGACAUCCAGGAUGAAGUGACUCCUCAAGUGAAUGGUGAGAAAGUGGAGAAAGAGUCCUCUGACGCCAAUGACAUCUCCGUGGUUGAGGAGAAAGCAGCCGAGGAGAAACCCGAUGACGCAAAUGAAGUUGGCUUCAAGAAAAUCUUUCGUUUUGUGGGCUUCAAGUUCACACUGAAGAAGGACAAAAGUGAGGAGAAAGAGCCUGUUAAGCUGCUGACGGUCAAAGAUAAAGAGGACGAGGAGGUUAGUGCAACUGAAGAACCUACAAAGGAGGAGGAGGCUGCCUCUAAUGAGGAGAAAAGCACAACAGAAGAGAAGGAAGCUGAUACAGUGGCAUCUACCACUGAGGCUGAGGUGAUUGAAGAUGCUGCUGCUCCAGCUGAAGUUGCUGCUGCUGAGGCGACUGAAGAAGCUGCAAAAGAGGAAGGAACUGAGAAGGACGGAGAGGUUUCUCCACCAUCCCAGGAGACCACUCUGUCACCCUUCAGAAAGCUCUUCAGUGGAGGUCUCUUCUCUAACCUGAGAAAGAAAUCGAGCAUCAAGAAAACUAAAGAGGAGGAAGAAAAAGAGGCAGCUGCAGAGGAGGAGACAGCUAAAACUGAAGAGACUGCUGCUGCAGAAGAAAAGGAGGAGGCAGAGAAAGUAACAAAGGAGGAGGCACCAGCCACUCCUGAAGAAGAAAAUGCAGAGCCCAAAGCGGAGACAGCAGCCACUCCAGAGGAGGGAAAAUCAGAGACUACACCAGAGGCCGAGGCUGCUGUUGAAACCCCUGCUCCAACUUCUACUGAUGAGACCAAACAAGAAGAUGAAAAGGCUGAGCCAAGUGCAGAAGAGGAGAAGGUGCCAGCAGAGGUGAUAUCUGAGGCUGAGCUACUGUCCUCUCAGGAGAAGGUAAAGCCUCAGGGAAGCCCUCUGAAGAAGCUCUUCACUGGAGCUGGCUUGAAGAAGCUCUCAACUAAGAAACAGAAGGCCAAGAAAGAAACCGAGACCAAGCUCACUGAGUCUGGGGAGCAGGCGGCAGAGCAUCUUCAAUCCUCCACAGAGUCAGCAGAGGCUCCAAAAGCUGAGAGUGGGCCCUCAUCUCCUGAGGAGUCUGGAGAGCAUGUCAUGGCGGUUGAGGUGACCCAGAUUGAGUCAAGCCAAGAGACGGAUGGUGAAGUUGCAUCUGAUGGAGAGAAGAAAAAGGAGGGAAUCAUUGCCUGGUCCUCCUUCAAGAAGCUAGUAACACCCAAAAAGCGUGUGAAAAGAUCUUCUGAGAGUGACGAUGAAACCACAGCUGAGAAGCCAGCAAAGUCAGCCACUCUGUCCUCCUCUGAGAGUGCUCCUUUGGCAGAUAAGAGCGUUGAAGAGGAGACCAAGGAGGAAAAGCCAACUGAAGAAGAGCCAAAGACUGAAAACACGGAGAAACUGGUCAGCAGCACUGAGGAGCCCAAAAGGAAAAUGGACACCUCUGUCUCCUGGGAGGCUCUUAUGUGUAUGGGCGGACCCAAAAAGAGAACUAGGAGGACCUCUGACUCUGACGAUGAGGAGACCAAGAUUGAAGAAGAAAUACCAGCAGCAGCUUCAGCAACCGAAGCUGAACAGGAAGGCAAAACUGAGUCUGCUGUUGUGUCACAAAGCACAGAGCAUGAAGCAGAAGUUGUUUCCUCCCCCGAGCCUUUAAGCAGCCCCCCUGAUAGAGAGUCAGCCUGGGACACAUUGAAACGCAUGGUUAUGCCCAAGAACAGGACCAAAGCUGAAGAAAAGACAGAGGAAGGCACAGAGCAAGUCCAGUCAGACGGUGAAGCAACCAAAGAUGAAUCCUCUUUCUCUUUGAAGAAGUUCUUGCCUGGUCGCAGAAAGAAGAAGGCUGAAAAACAGGCCUCCACUGACCAGGGCACAGGUGAUGAGGACUCUGACACCCCAGCUGUGGUUCCCCUCUCAGAGUACGAAGAAGCUGAACAGGAAGUACAUCCAGAGACAGCUGCAGUCCAGAGUAAAGUAUCUACUGAAGAUCGAUCUCCAUCAUGGAUCCCGGCCAUGGUCGAAGACAAUAUUGACAAACAUGAUGAGCUGAGUGACAUCCCAGAGGAGGCUGAGAAUGCUGCCACACCAAAGUCUGUUGACACUGACAUUGCAGAGGAUGAAACUGAGGAUGAGGCAGCCUUUGCCGCUGCUGCUCCAGCUCUUUCACGGCGCAGACUGUCCACAGCUGAGAUGAAGCCAAUCGCCCAAGCUCCAGCUGCAGAAACUACUCCUGUUCCAAAAGGACCCAAGCCAGAACACACAGCAAAGAUUUUGGAGCGCGUAGAGGUCCAAGUCAGUGAAAUCCCUGCCAAGACAUCUGUGAUGGUUGAAGAUAUACCAAUUGAGGUCGUUUCUGUGAAAACAGAGUAUGAACCACCAACUGAAAAGGCAGAGUCAAAGACCAGUACCAUCCUGGAGAAACAUGCUCAAGAAGAGGCCGUGGCUAUAUGCACUGGUCUAGGAACCAGUGAGAUUGCCAAAGUUGCCCUGGAGAAACCUGCUGUAACAAUCAUUGAGCCUUUGGCUGUGGCUUUGGCUGUCCUGGACACAGAGGUGCCCAAGGAAGAGAAGCCACUGAGUACAGAAGAAGCCACUGUCACAGAAGAUGAAGUGCUUAUUGCCCAAGUGCACCAAGUAGACACCACUGUGCUGGAGCCUGUUGUGGAAGAUCUAGUGAGUGAAGUCAAUGAUAUUCAAGGAGCUGUUGAGAGCAUGGAACCUGAAAUUGAGAAGAUUGGAAUUGUUCACAUUGACCUUGAAGAAUCUGAGGUGGUUCAGCCUGCCACUGUAAACGAGAAUUCUCCCAAAACAGUUAUUGUCCACCCCAUAACAGCAACAUCUGAAACAGCCAUUUGCACCCAAAGUGUAGCGAUCACUGAGCCAACUAUAGAAAUCAAGGAGGAGAAGAUGGACGACACUGAGGUGAAUACCCCGGACGCAGUCCAGAAGGUGACUGAAGAGAUAUCCCUGGACAUUGCAAAGGUGACUGAUACUGCUGUCCUUGAAGUUGCACCAAGAGACGAGGCUGUUAUCACUGAGACAGUGGUCCUUUCGGUCUCACCCAUUGUGGAGGCUGACCAGGUGGAAACAACGCCAGUUGGUGUUGAACCAAUCCAGGUGCAGGAAACAGAGGAGGCUACAGUCAUAGAUACUGUGGUAGCAGAGAUAAAUGGAGUCAUUGAGCAGGCCAGCGAGACGAUUGAGGAUAUCCAGAAAGACAGUGAAAUUGAAGCUCAGAGCAAGGUCAUUGCUGAGGCUGUUAUCCAGGAAGCCAUGGAUAAAGUUUCAGAAGUCAACACUGAACCUGAAAAGCCUGCCACCCCAACAACCAUUGCACCAGCCCAGGCUGUUGCAACAACAGAGAUUGAGACCACAAUCGAGACACCUGUCAUAACCAAUACCCCUGUUGCUGUUGUCUGUGAGAAACCAGCACCAAAGUCACCUCAGCCCCUUCAAAUCGCCAUGGAAGUUAUCGACACAAUCCCAUUGGAAAUUGUAGCGAGCCUUGAUGCAGAAGAAGAAGAAUUGAAGAAAGCUGUGGAGGUAAAUGUAAGUGAAGAAACCGUCAUUGUGGAAGAAGUUGUAGAGGUAAAAGCAGAAAGUCAGACGUGUGAAGAACUUGAACAGGCUGAGGAGGAACAGAGCAAGGAUGACACAGAAGAUAAGGAACCAGCUGAGGAAGUGAAACCAGAAACAGAGGAACCAAAGGCAGAAGCCCCUUCAGAGGAAAGCAAUGAGAAAGUGCUUGAGGUCCACAUGCCAGUCCAAGUAGUCCUGCAGGCAGCUCAGGUGAUAGAGGACCCAUUAGUGAAAGAAGAGGCUGUGGUCGAGUUUGACAGCAAUGGUCCUGCCACUGAAGACACCAGCAUGAAACCUGAAAGCCUGGAACUUGAAAACAAACUCUCAACGCUAUCAGAAGAACCAGUGGGGACAGCUUCAGAAGAGGAUUCGGCUCCCAGCCAAGAUACAGAAGCAACAGCCAGCCAGCCAGAGACAGAGAAAACACCAUCCACAGCGUCCGUGAAGUGCGCAGAAGUGAUGGCGCAAGUGAUUGAGGUGAUUGAGGAGGCUGUGAAAGAGAUCGAGCCUGUGUCAACAGAGAUCACAGCAGCAUCAUGAGCAGCUCAAGAUUCAAGACUGAUGCCUGGGAGACAUUCUGUCUGGACCAGGAAGUGAGUGAUGAGGGAUAAAGAGAGAGAGAGAGAGAGAGAGAGAGAGAGAGAGAGAGAGAGAAACAGGCAGCUCUGUGACAACACAUCGAGAUCGGGCCCAUGCCCGUCUCACCCAGAUAGACUGACCGACCGAGCAACAGCUCCACCAUUCUCUCCACCUCCCCUUCCACCUGUACUCCGACUCCAUCCUGCAGCCUUGUCAACGCACUGUGACCUCCCACCAACAUGUCCCCACUCUCUUACACACACAUUCAAACACACAUUCACACCAAAGCAUGUCUUGUCCCUCAGAAGCAUCCCAUCUGGCUUGUUAUUAGUAUGAUGUAUGUUCAGCGCCUCAGCGACUUUCCUUUGCCCUCAUCAUAAGAUGAGAGUGUGCAACUUGGUCAAGAGUCUGAUCCCUUCAUGUGUUUGGUGUUUGUGUGUGCACAUGUGUGGGUUUGUAUGUGUAUAGCAGCAAGUGAGAUGGUGCCAGAGGUUGAAAAGAUGCAGGAUUAUUAUCUUGUAUAUUGUAUUUAUAUCUUGAAUAUUCUUUCAUUCAUCCCUGUUUUUUGUUUUUAAGUUUUGUCCUUUUUUUGUUUAUGUACAUUCAUACUUUUUUUAAAAUUCCCAUAUUAAACUGUGAUACGUCAGGUAUUCCUUUUAAGCUAAAUUAUAAGUGGAUUUAAAGGCAGGUGCAGAAGACACAAGUAACAUGGUUCUUGUAAAGUUUACUAAAACAAUGAUCAGGCUGUUGCAUGUAAAUAAGUCAUGUAUGACAGCUUUUAUCGUCAAAUUCAAUGUUUAUUUUAAGACUCUUUAGUAGUUAUAGCUAAACCAUGGUACAAGUGUGAGUCCACUGACAGUCAACGAUAAAAAAACUGACUGCAGAAAGAUACAAGAGUGCAGAAAAUAUACCACAAAUGUUUGACUUUUGGGACAUAGUCUUGUCCCUCUGUUGAUUCUCUGCACCCCAAUAAAAACACUAAGCUUCAUGUACAUAAACAAUAUCAAACACUGCCUGAUUUACUGUGAAAACGACUUUGUAACACAUUGUUUCAUGUAAAAAUACAUUAAAAUACUAUAAUGACACCCUCACUGGAUCAUGUUGUAGAGGUAUUUGGUAAAUAGUGACGUACAAAUGAUACACAAGUCAGUGUUUGACACGGGCAGAGUUGACAGGAGCAUGUUAUGAAGCAAAUCAUGUUCACAGUGUUUAAAUGCCAUUUUUUUACAUGUGACAUUUUUAUGUAAUAGUGUGGUAGUAUAACACCUCUUCUUCUACACUAUAUUUAUAUUGCCUUGUGAGAAGACAGUAUGUUGGCGCCAUCUGUUGUCUGCAAAAGGUAUUGCAUUCUAUAGUUUACAGUCAUUGGUGUCCUUAUUACUUCAAUUGUAUGUUAAAACAAGGGUGAUAAAGUAUGACAAAUCAUCCUUUUUUUCCAUCAAUUUGCAUCUUCCUUCUAUGUCAUGUUUUCCACCCAGCAUGAUAACUCAGGAUCGUUAAAUUGGGACCAGGGAGGACGUAGACUGAUUGGUUUGGGGGAUUCACGGAGACCGGAUGCACAGUACCAGAGUGUGGAAAAAAACCCACAAAAGCUUAUUUUAUUCCUGAUUUAAAAGCCAAAUUAAGUUAGGAUCAGUCAGGAGGAGUCUGGUUUUUUUCCAUUGCUCACAGGAUGAAACAUCAGUUGGAUCUAAUUAGAUCCCUACAGCAUUUGCUCAGCUGUUUUGAGACACAAUGGAUUGAACAGAAGAUAUGAUAUCAGGGCUUAUUUUGCAAGUUUCACUGGCAAAGAGGGAGUUUCCUGAAACACCCAAAUGGUCCAGUUUCACCACCAAAGCAUGCAUAUGAAUUAAUAUUACUUAAGUAUUAAGGUUACUUAUUUCCUACCAAAUUUUGUCAAACUUGCACUGUCAAUCAUUCAGACAUUCUGAGUAACAUCUGUGAGAGCUUCAAUCCAUGUUUUGAAUAGUGGCUGCCGCGCAGCUCUAGAGGCUCACACAUCAUUUCGCUUUAUGACCAAACAGGAGACAAAAAAAAACAGAAAGUACAGACCACUGUCAGGUCAACACUUCCCCCUGCUUUGACUCUAGAGCAUUUGUCCGCUCCCUGUUUGCUUUAUGUGACAAUAAAUGGUUUAAAUGACUUGCAAGUGUUGCUUGAUGUAAAGCAUUUACACCUAAGUCCUUUGCUUUUUGUAACACACUUAACUGUGAACCUAAUAACAUUUGUAUAGAUUGUUUACCUUCUGUAUGUACUUAAAAAAUCAUAUUGUAUUAUUAAACAAAUAACCUGCAGCCAUUUAGCCAUAAUAUUCAUGUAGCAUGGUCUUAGCUGUCUUUUAUAUUUUACAAGCUGUUAAUAGUAAAGAUGCAGAAACCUGUCUAUAUUUCAUUCAAUAAAGUUAGAGAAAAUUGA